GAUUUUGACACGCAGAAGUCCUUUCUGCGCAAGCGCGCCAGCCCGUCUCCUCCCUCUACCUGAGAGGAGCGCACCUGGAUCCAACGAGACGGAAGUUUAGCCAAGGCAGAUCAAAUCUUUUUGUCUGCGAAAAGUUUCUUCGGAGUUCAAGCGAGCACACAGAAUCUCCAGUCGAAGCAGGAUGCCAUUCGGUGGAUAUUACAAGAACAAUUUAGAGUGCUUUUCUAACCUAAAUCUGUCGUUCAGCGACUCAUGCUGAAUCCCCGUCUAAAGUCAGCCUGCUCUCCAUUCAAGAAGAAUGGCAUCUCUCCGCAGAGUGCUCCGAAGGCGACUGCACCCACUUAAAUUGGCGAUAGUGGCCCUUGUCUUUGUCACAUUUGUGUUCUUCAUGCAAUGGGAAGUGGGAAGCCAAAGCCAGCAGGAGGACCCGUGGCUGAAGGAGAUGGCAGUGAAGCGGGACACCAUGCUGGGCAUGGUGAUGGGAGCUGUCAAUAACUUCAGGGAUGCGAUGCCAAAGAUGCAGAUCAAAGCCCCUGUACGUAAGCAGGACAGUGCAGAUGGCGUGUCCUGUCUGCCAGGCCACUACACUGCAGCUGAGCUCAGGCCAGCUCUGGAGCGGCCACCUCAGAACCCCCUGGCUCCUGGAGCAGCUGGAAAACCUUUCCACACGGACUCACUGAGCCCCGAAGAGCAGAAGGAGAAGGAGAGGGGUGAAGAGAAACACUGCUUUAACCUGUAUGCCAGUGAUCGUGUCUCCUUGAGCAGAGACCUGGGCGCAGACACAAGACCGCCAGAAUGUAUUGAGAAAACCUUCAAGCGAUGUCCCCCCUUGCCGACCACCAGUGUGAUAAUUGUGUUUCACAAUGAGGCUUGGAGCACUCUGCUGAGGACAGUAUACAGUGUCCUCCACACCUCCCCUGCUAUUCUCCUCAAGGAGAUCAUCCUGGUGGACGAUGCCAGCGUGGAUGAUGUGUUGAAGGACGAGCUGGAUGAGUAUUUGAAGCAGCUGAACAUUGUCCGUGUUGUCCGCCAGCGCGAAAGGAAAGGGCUCAUCACCGCUCGGCUGCUGGGGGCCUCCGUUGCCACCGGUGACACGCUCACCUUUCUGGACGCCCACUGCGAAUGCUUCAAUGGAUGGCUGGAGCCUCUGCUUGCCAGGAUAGCAGAGAACUAUACUGCAGUAGUGAGUCCUGAUAUAACCACGAUUGAUCUCAAUACUUUUGAGUUCAUGAAACCAUCCCCAUAUGGCCAGAACCACAACCGGGGAAACUUUGACUGGAGCCUUUCCUUUGGCUGGGAGAGUCUACCAGAUCAUGAGAAACAAAGGAGGAAGGAUGAAACAUACCCUAUCAAGACUCCCACAUUUGCUGGUGGGCUCUUCUCCAUCUCAAAGGAUUAUUUCUACCAUAUUGGAAGCUAUGACGAAGAAAUGGAGAUCUGGGGUGGUGAGAACAUCGAAAUGUCAUUUAGGGUGUGGCAGUGCGGCGGACAGCUGGAGAUCAUCCCUUGCUCCAUUGUUGGUCAUGUUUUCCGCACCAAGAGCCCCCACACCUUUCCCAAGGGUACACAAGUGAUUGCUCGUAACCAGGUGCGACUAGCGGAGGUCUGGAUGGACGACUACAAAGAGAUCUUUUACCGUCGUAACCUGCAAGCCGCGCAGUUGGCAAAAGAUAGGGCCUUUGGAGAUAUCUCCAAACGUGUGGACCUCCGUGCGCGGCUGCAGUGCAAGAGCUUCUCGUGGUAUUUGAAGAACGUUUAUCCAGAAGUCUUCAUGCCUGAUCUCAACCCACUCCGCUUUGGCUCAGUGAAAAAUGUCGGCAAAGACUCCUGUCUGGAUGCUGGAGAAAACAAUGAGGGUGGGAAACAGCUGAUCAUGUACCCAUGUCAUGGACUAGGAGGAAACCAGUAUUUCGAGUACUCCACACAUCACGAGAUUAGACACAACAUUCAGAAGGAGCUAUGUUUGCACGGGGCAGAGGGGCCUGUGAAGCUGGAGGACUGCCAGUAUAAAGGCAGGAACACAUUUGUAGGAGCGGAGCAGAAAUGGGAACUGAAGGACAACCAGUUAUUCUACAACCCUGGACGGAACCUGUGUCUGAGCGCCCGGCACGACCAUCCUACUCUGGCCCCCUGCAACCCCUCUGACAGAUACCAGCUCUGGUCCUUCGUCUGAGUUUUUCAAACUACCGCGUUACAAAAUAGCCACUCUGUAUGCAUAGGCAUACUAGGAAAUGAGUAUACUAUACUGUAUGUAGUUAACAUGCAGUUUGUUUUGUUUUAGAUUAAUGACAAUGAGUUUUAAUUUAUUUUUAUACGUAGAAAAACUGAACUGCUGCUGCUGUGAAGUUUGACUUUGGGAGAAACCACAGAAUGCCACUGCUGGAAGGAAGCAUUGGAACAAUGCUCCCAAUCAGACUGUGAACUGAGAUUUUUGGAAUAAUGAAGAUGCACUGUUUCCAAGUGCCUCCCUUGUGUUUGAGGUGUUUUCACUACUCCAAGUCUUCACAACCAACACAUGCAGUAUUAGGUACAUAAAGCAAACACUGAACAUUUUUUUUUAGUGAGACGUGAAUCUAAAACAAAAUCAUACAACAACAAAAAAGACAGUCGAUCAUUAUAAAUGAGAGGUUUAAGUUGGACACACACAAAUCUCAAAUGUUCAUGCACCAAAGAGACUCAAAGUGAAAACCUAAAACACACAAGUAUGAUGGGCAUUUUUCCUUUUUAAUAAUGCAAAACCUCUUUUUUUGCUACCGUCCAAUGCCUUAGAUGUAAUUUUCUACUGGGUGGGUGGAGUGGUGGAGGGAUGGGGUGGUGAGGUCGUUGCAGUUUUCUGAUGCAGAAUAAUGGAUUCUACAUAGUUGUGAUCGAAAGGGUCUUCAGAUCAAGUGGAUCUGCUUUAAUUAAAUUAUUUAAUGGGGUCAUUUCUUUUUUGUUUUAAAACUUUUAAAAUAUUUUAUUUCAAUACACUUGGUUGUCAGUUUAUUAGGUGCACCGAGCUAAAGUUAAUGCAGUCUAAUCCAACAGUCCUGCAGUAAAUCCUACCUUCAUGAAGGUUAUAAUGUUGAGUUUUUGUUUGGACCCCUUUUAGAGAGGUGUUGAUUCAACUUGAUGGGCAUUUAUAAGGCUGUAGUUUUUUUUUGUUUUGUAGUUAACACCUCCACUGCAACAAAAUACAACACAACAGCAGAAACUGGAUAUUUUAAUCAUUAAUUAUAUAAUUAUAAUAAUUAUAAUGACGAAGGAGGACUGUUGUAUUAAACCAUAUUAGUUUUAGUUAGAUGUACCUUAUAUACAGGCAACUGAGUGUAGAGACAUGAAGAACAAUAAUUUGAAUACCAGUUUGGACCUGCUGGUGAGCUGGCCCUUAAACUUAAAUUACAUACAAUUAGUUUGUUCAUGACAAAAGUGAAAUUGACAUUAUUGAUUAAAAGGCAUUUUAUUUGACCUACAGUCAAUGUUUUAUUGAACAUGCAUGCAGUCCAACGUCAUGACUGACUCUUUGUAAUUGCGGCGGUGUUUACCUGUGGGAUAUUAUUUCACUUGUCAUGCUUUGGUGUUUAUCAAAGGGGAACUUUUAAUAUAACAGGAAUGCACCGGAGUAACUAUUUGUUGAUCAAAUGCCUGAAACUCUCCCUCUACAUCUAACCAGGAGUCCACUAAUGAAUUUCUGGUGCGGGCACUAGUGUUUAGAUGGCUGUGGAAUACUGUAAAUUACUUUACGUUUGAGACUGGAUGAGGAACAGUUCAAAUGUGUAUGUUUGUCUAAAAUGGAAACUGUCUAUUGCUGUCAGAAAUCCUUGGUAUU